AUGCAAGCAGGACAACUUUCAGACAUAUCGAUGAAGGUGUCUAUCUUCUUCUUGAGGAACAUCGGCAUAUGGGAAAGUGACGAUCCCGCGACAAGACGUCGAAUGAAGAUACUGCUCAUCUAUACAGUGUGGAACACGUUGUUAGGGCUGAUAACCAUCCUCCGAGAUUUGUACUUCACCACGUUGUACAAUGGAGAUAUUCUUUAUUCUAUUACUACCACACUAACGGUAAUUAUGAGUUUAUUCAAGAUAUGUAUCAUAAUGAAGCACAGAGGUGAUUUUGCGAGCCUAAUUUUAUACAUGCAACAGAAUUUCUGGAAUGUCAAGUACGAUUUUCAGGAGAAAGAAAUUUUAAACAAUUGUAAAAGAGUUUGCACCUUCUUCGUUUGCUCUGUUACCACCAUUGGGAUUUGUGCUAUGGUGUCCUUCAUAAUAACACCAUUAAUGGAAAAUAUGCAGAAUAAAGGAGCUGAAAGAAAGCACCCUUUCAAUUUGUGGAUAAAAUUGCCCGUAUCAGUGACACCCUACUACGAAAUAAUUUUCGUUGUACAGACGAUAAGUAUGUGUUGGGUUGGGAUCUGCUACUUUUGCUUCGAUAACAUUUUCUGCAUCAUGGCCAUACAUUUGUCUGGUCAGUUUCGCAUACUUCGAUAUAGACUUGUGAAUCUCUGUGACAUCGAUCACCAGAUUCGCGAGAAGAAUACGGAAUCCAUGUUGCUGAAUCAGGUGCACAAAUUUUACGAGAAACUGAAGAAAUACAUCCGACAGCAUCAGUCACUGAUCGCCUAUUGCGACAAGCUUGAAAACGUGUACACGAUGAUUACACUUGGGCAAAUGGUGGUAUUCAGUUUGUUGAUCUGCCUGUUUGGUUAUCAAGUAUUGUUGGCAGAAGCACCAACCACGAGACGUGCCAUUUUCGUCUUUCUUUUAAUCGGCUCGAUGUCUUUAUUGUUUAUGAUCACCUACAGCUGCAACGGUGUGAUAGAACACACUGAUAACAUUGCUAUAGGAGCAUAUUCAGCGUUAUGGACAGUCAUGCCGAUGAAUACAACUGGGAAAAAGCUUCGAAACGAUCUGAUAAUGGUGAUCGUGCGGGCUAGACGAGUUUGUUGUCUGACUGCGAACGGAUUUUUCCCUGUAUCAUUGGAAACUUAUUCCACGAUUUUGAGUACUGCUAUGUCAUAUUUCACGCUUUUAAUGCAUAACUUAGAAAACGCAGACGCAUCAGGAUCGAGGAAAAGGUCCGCCAUGCGUGAGACACAAUAUAACGAUAUAUCUCUUAGAUUCUCGCAGUUUCUGCUGAAGCUCACCGGUGUCUGGAUAAGGACUAACGACUCCGAGAAACGACAAAGGAGGCUCGCUACGUUUUACACUAUACUCAUGGCCAUCUAUGCGAUAUAUCUGAAUCUAAGUGAUGCUUACUACACCUGGGGUGACUUUGGCCAUUGUACCUUUCUGUUUUAUAAUUUAAUAUGUAUCACACUGGUGAUGUUCAAGAUUCUAAUAAUAAGCAUUCGCAAAGCGGAAUUCAAGAAUCUAAUAUUAUUUGCACAAAAGAAUUUCUGGCAUUUCGAGUACGAUCACGAUGAGAAAAUACUUUUCACGAACUGCCGAAGGUUUUGCAAACUAUGGACCAUAACUUCAUACUUUGUCACGCAAACGUCACUGGCGUUCUAUGUAAUUUCACCUAUCAUUUCAAACAUCGGAAAGAACGAAUCAGAGAGGGUACUUCCGUUCCAAAUAUGGAUCAAUCUGCCUGUAAACGAAACACCGUACUACGAAAUAAUUUUCGUAACCCUGAUACUAGACGUGCAACAAAUCGGUGCCGCCUAUUUAAGCAACGACGGCUUUAUGUGCGUGCUGAACAUGCACGUGAUUUGCCAAUUUCAAAUAUUGCAGCACAGGCUGUUGAAACUGUGGUCGGCCAUCGAAGAACAAACAGAUUUCAACGGUUACACGGACAGUUGCUACACAACUUUCAAAAUUUGUAUCCGACAACACCAAUCGUUGAUCAAAUUCUGCGACAAGCUCGAGUACGUUUACACGUUGCCAAUUUUCGCUCAUGUUGUGGUCUUCAGUCUACUGAUGUGCUUAGACGCGUACGAGAUAAUCCUGGUAAACAUAACUACUUCGAUGAGGCUCAUUUUCGUUUUCCACAUGAUCGGUAGCUUAGUCCACAUACUUUUCUUCACAUACAGCUGUCACGGAUUGAUAGAGGAAAGUGAGAAUAUUAGCAUGGCAACGUAUUCAGGUUGGUGGAUGGUUUUACCAAUGACGGAAACUGGCAAGAUGCUACGGAGGGAUAUAAAAAUGAUGAUGAUGAAGUCGAUGCGACCAUGCUACUUGUCCGCUGGAGGAUUCUUUCCUGUGUCUUUGGAAACGGCUACUACUCUUCUAAGUUCCACUAUGUCGUACAUCACUCUCAUGAGGGAAUCAUCCAUGGGAAUAGCGAAUGAAUAA